AUCUUCUUGAAGGAAUCAACUGUGUUUAUUUCUGUCAAGAAUCGUAUUGAAACCCCCGCCUCUCAUGUUAUUGAAGCUGUUCGUGAGGUUUGUGGGGACGACGCGAUCCUGUCGUGUAUUCCUAAAAAUGAUGAUACUUAUGAAGUUUCACUCACGGAUAUUGAAUCUGCUAAAAAACUGGUAAAUGAUGAUUUCUUUAUAGCUGAUGAACCUGUUUCUGUUCAACAUGUAUCUUCAAAAAUCAAAGUUGUAUCAUUUAUGCAUUUGUCUGGCCUUAUUUCUGACGAAGAAAUCGAAGCCAAAUUGAAAUUGUGGCGAGUGGAAUUAAUUGGUCCAAUUAAGAGAAGAAGAUAUGUGAAUGAUGGAGUCUAUGAUGGAACUCGAUUCAUGCGCGUCAAAUUUCCUUCGGAUGUCUCUUCUCUCCCAUAUUCAGUUGGGUUCCAGACUGAAUCGGGUGUGGACUACUACAAUGUUCGCCACGAUCAUCAGGAGAAGGUGUGCUAUUAUUGUUUGUCACCUGGACAUAUUGCUGUCAAGUGCCCAGAAAGGGUUUGUCGUCGGUGUCAGAAGAAUGGUCAAAUUCAGCGCUACUGCCCUGUUCUUAGCUGCGAUAGUUGUACAAAUAGUUUUCCAAAUUGCGAAUGU